AUGUGCUUUAUUACCGUGGAAAUCCUGGAGAAUCUGAGCAUGGAGUUCAUAUACCAGCCUGAAAGCCUUAAAAGUGCUCCAAGGAUGGAUGAGUCAGAUGAUGAUUUUAAAGAACUCUGUGCCAGCUUUUUCCAAAGGGUGAAAAAACCCAGAACAAAGGAAGUGUUGGGAGAGCGAAAAACACAAAAAUCUUCAAACAGCACUCAGAUAAGAAGCAUACCAAGAAAGACCAAACAGUCUGCCAUCAGGAGCAAAACCCUUCCAGACACUUUGAAGAAACCCCGACCAUGCAGUCAAGCCCCUAGGGCUAAAAAGCAAAGGCCAAGCAAGUCUCAGGAAAGUGAACCUGCUCUGCCUGUGAGUGGAGACGGAGGUGUGCUUGCCCCUGCUCUGCAUCAGCCUGUGCUGCAGGAUCAAGCACAGAGCAUCCAGACAGCGAACGCUCUCUGUGAUGACUCCCAGCCCCCUCUGCCCUGUUUGAUGACAGCAGCUGAGCCAAGUCCCUCCAAACGCCGCACCGCAGAGCUGGUUCUUCAGCGGAUGCAGCAGUUCAAGAGGGCACGGCCCGAGCGUUUGCGACAUGCUUCACAGGGUUGUUCCCUCAAGGCCACCCUGGAAGAAAAUGACCCACAGAACUCUCAAGAGGAGAUGGUAGCAGGAAACAAUUUGAGGAGCAUACAUGAUCCAUCUUCCAGAGGGAAUGGACCAGGGCUCCCUGCCACAGAUAGUGAUGCUACAGUGGCCUUGGUCCUGCAACAAGAGUUUGGCAGGGAAGGUACAUCUGCCCAGGAUGAUAGCCUGGAGGAGAAGGGGUUGUUCUUCUGCCAGAUGUGUCAGAAGAACCUCUCAGCUAUGAACGUGACCCGGAGGGAGCAGCACGUGAACAGGUGCUUAGAUGAGGCUGAAAAGGCAUUAGGACCUUCCAUGCCUCAGAUCCCUGAGUGUCCAAUCUGUGGCAAACCAUUUGUCACCUCUAAGAGCCGGAUCAGCCACCUGAAGCAAUGUGCAGUAAAGAUGGAAGUGGAGCCCCAGCUCCUGUUGCAGGCCGUGCGGAUGCAGACAGCUCUGCCUGAGGCGGGCAGCAGCCCUCCGGCACCCAGCUUUAGCAACCUUGUUGAAGGUUGGAAGCGGAAAAGAGCCACAAACAAGAAGGAGCCACAGAAGAGGCGGAAGAUCAGUAAACCUGAGGUGCCAUCUGAAGACCUUUUGGUAGCCAUGGCUCUGUCCCGAUCUGAAGUGGAGCAGGGUCCACCUGUGCCUGCACUCAGACUGGAAAGUGCUUUUGCUGAGAGGACAAGGCCAGGAGCAGGGAGGAAAAGUCGCAAGAGAAAACUCCUGGUGUCCCCACCACAGUUAUUAGUCCAGGACUCUGAUACCACAGGUAGACAGAUAGAGGAUCGCGUGGCCCAGCUCCUUUCAGAGGAAAUGGAACUGUCUAGCACACCACCACUUCCUGUCAGCAAGAUUCUCAGGGAAAAGCUAGAAGAGACAGGUUGGCGUCUGCAGCUGCCUGAAGAAAAGGGGAACUUACUGUGGGAGGGCAGUGCCCUCACUGGAGCCUGGGCUAUGGAGUCUUUCUACACAGCGGGCCUGGUCCCUCCCAUUGUGCCCAAGCGGCUGACCAAGGUUCUCACACAGGAACCCAGGCUAACACAAAGUCUACCAGCCCACUGCAGCAGCUCCCACGCGGUCUGCAGCCCCAGAGACCCAUCCCUGUCUGCCAGCCAGAGGGAGCAGCAGGCCCUGCAGGACCUUGUGGACCUGGCAGAGGAAGGACAGAGUACUAGCCUGUGGCCUUGCAAUGGGGGCAUGACCAGUUCUGGAAGGGCUGCAGGGUUGGAUUUGGUGCCCAGCAGCCUUCCUCUGACCGGUUUUGCCUUGCCACCCAAGGAGAAGCCCCUUGAGAGGGUCGACCACACUUCGCUCUCCCUUGGGAUGCUGGCUGCUGAUUUUGGUGCAAUGGUCAACAACCCACACCUGAGCGAUGUUCAGUUCCAGACAGACAGCGGGGAUAUAGUUUAUGCUCACAAGUUUGUGCUUUAUGCUCGGUGUCCACUUCUCAUUCAGUAUGUAAAUAGCGAAGGCUUCUGCGCCAUAGAAGAUGGAGAUGAGACUCAGCGUGUGCUGCUGAGCAGCGUGAGCACUGAGGCCACCUGUGUGUUCCUGCGCUUUCUCUACACAGCGGACACUGGUCUGCCGCCCCACCUGGCAGCUGACCUGGGCACCCUGGCCCACAGGUUUGGUGUGAGUGACCUUGUUCACCUGUGUGAGCAAGUACCUGCUGUGACGGACGUGGAGGGUGAACGGCAGGAGGAGGAAGAUGAGACCUGUGAAAGUAGAGCAGAGAAUUUCCAAGAACUCUUGAGGUCAAUAUGGACAGAUGAAGAGGAGGAAGCAGAGACUUUUUUGAAAUCUGAAGAAGAGAGGGAAAAAGUGAAUGAAGCAGACAUGGAAGAAAUUUAUGAAUUUGCAGCUACUCAGAGAAAGCUGCUACAGUGGGAAAAAGCACCAGAUACAGAGGAGGAGCCUGACCAGCCAGGAGAGGACAGUCCAGUUGUUGGACCUCCCAUGGCAGAUAACCUAGGAAGCAAACAGUUGGAAAAGGGAGAACAAUUAGAGUUGCUGGGGCCAGGAAAAUAUAAGUCUCCAGUCCAUGGGGAAAAUGCAGGGCCCUCCCUCCUGUUGCCCUCAGGUGGGUGCUCAGACAGGGCAGAGUAUGCAGAGGCCCCGCAGCAGACAGCACCAAAGGAGGUGCCUGGCCCCAGCUUUUGCAGCCCUCCUGGGGCCAGUGAGGCUGGGAGAGGAGACGUGCUUGUGCAUUCAUUUGAGGUCCCUGCUUAUGAACAGGUUUUUUCAUUGCCUCAAGAAUUCUCUGAAAUGUCCCAAAUAAUAAGUGAGCACCAGGAGCAGGAUGACGUCAAGAAGAAAGAGGUGAAGAUGGCAUAUGAACCCACUCCACAGCCACAUCCUUGCUGCCCAGCAUGGCUUCCUAGUGACAGGAAUCCCAGCCGAUCACAGCUUCACCUUCAUCACACAAGUGAUUUGUCCUCAUCUAUGCCCCAGUCACACAAUGGUGUUCCCAUGGUGCCCUCACCUAGGUUACCAUCUCCAUCUAUACCAGCAGAGCAGGACAGUAAUGUUCUCACAGUACUUAAAGAGCCAGACCACUGGAAAGGUAGAGGGUGUCAUUCCAUUUUGGAAUGCAAAAGUAAGGGUGUCCUGAUUUCCCCAGAAAAAUCUCUACCCAUUGACCUGACCCAGUCAGUUCCAGACCUCUCCAGUUCCACGUCCCAGGAUCAUCCCCCCCACAUGAGCAGAGAAAAUGAGGUCAUCCUUUUACUAGAUUCAGAUGAAGAGUUGGAGCUAGAACAGACCAAAACAAAGUUGGUUUCUAAUGGUCCCUCAGAAGAAAAGAAUAUUCUAGAAGUUAGUCACAAGUCCCCUGAGCUGUUUUCAGUCAUUGAUGUCGACGCAGAUCAAGAGCAUUCUCAGAGCCCCCUGAGGAGAGAAGCUAAGCUUGAGAAUGGGGAGGGACAGUUGCAGGAUCAGGAUACUGUGGGCAGCACAAGGACCUCCUGGCUGAUUUCCGACCGUGACAGCAGCCUCGAUGAGGACAGUACCACAGAUGCCUCCUGGCUUGUGCCUGCUACCCCAGUAUUCAGCAGGAGCCGUGACUGCUCAUCACAGACCCAGAUCACAAGCCUCAGGGUCAGGCCUCCAGAGGAUAAGAUAGCACAGUCCUCAUCCAGGGCCACCCCAGAAAACAGCCCAUUGUUGGAGGCCACACAAAAGUUCUCAGUCAUCACACCCCUGAUGUCACCUAGGCCUCCAGGAACUUCCCACAGAGGAAGGCAGGUCCACAGCAGUCCUUCCCAUUUCCAGUCCACGCGCCAUAAGCUCUCUUUCCCAAGGACCUCAUGUCCCAUGGCAGUAGGUCUCCCUGAUUUCCCUGGGCCAGUCCAGAAACUCUCACCAAAGCAGGCAGCAGUGAGUGAGGUGGUAGAACUUGGGGACAGUGAAGAUGAGCAGGAGGCAGUUUCUCAUCAGGUAAACAGAAGCCCACAGCUGGACAGUGACCCCCCAAUCCCUGUGGAUGACUGUUGGAACGUUGAGCCCCUCUCACCAAUUCCAAUUGACCACCUGAACCUUGAGCGCACUGGUCCCUUGAGCACCAGCAGUCCCAGUAGCAUGGCCCAAGAGCCUCAGGACAGUGGUGGCUGCCACUCUGCAGGACUCCUGCGCAGCACCCCCAUCCGGGCGAGAGGCAGAGCCCGAAGAGCAUCUUCUGAGCCAUCCUCAGGUUCUGGCUCCCUGGGGGGCAGCAGGCUGAGUUUUCUGAAUCCAGCCCUCUGGGAUGACUGGGAUGAGGAAGGGCAGAAGUCUCCAGAGGCUCCUCCUACACCCCAGACGCCGCGUGCCCUCCGAGCUCAGAAAUCAGAUGGGCCAGAGACACCGAAAGGUGCUAAUCGGAAGAAAAAUUUGCCCCCCAAAGUGCCCAUAACUCCAAUGCCAAGGUAUUCCAUCAUGGAGACCCCGGUGCUAAAGAAAGAACUGGACAGGUUUGGAGUCCGUCCCCUGCCCAAACGCCAGAUGGUUCUGAAACUGAAGGAGAUUUUCCAGUAUACUCACCAGACCCUCGAGUCAGACUCUGAGGAUGAGAUCCAGUCCUCACAGGUGCCCCGGGAGUUGGAUUGCAGCCACACACUCCCCACUGAGACCUACAAGCCUUGCGGGGUGGGAGGCUGCACCCAACUUGAAGCCACUGAGGGUUCUAGUUCCAAGCAAUCUGCACAGCGUCGAAAGAAGCUGCCCAGCCGAAGCAUCCCACACCAGAGGAGCAGGCCACCAGCUGAGAAGCCACACGUAGGCCCUGUUGUUGACACCCAGCUCCCAGCCUCCCAGGAAUCUAUGGCCACCUCUGUAGAUAGCAGUGACAGCUCCUUUAGCUCACAAAGUUCCUCCGGGGAGUUUGGAGCUGCCUUUGAGUGCGCAGGUGAUGAUGAGGAUGAAGAUGGGGGGCUCAGCAUGUCCCAGGCCAGCCGGGCUCUAGACCCAGAGGAGGCUGUGCGACGUUACAUCCGCUCCAAGCCGGAGCUGUACCGCAAGGUGCUUACAUACCAGCCACUAGAAUUGGCGGCACUGCAGGCUGAGCUGAAGCAGGACGGCAUUCGUGUGGCCAUGGGCAAGCUGCUGGACACGCUGGAUACCCUCUGCAUUACCUUCACCACCGCUGCAGCCCGGAAGGAGAAGCUAAAGCAGAAGGGGCAGCAGCGGAGGGGCAAGAAGAAAGGGGAGUGAGAUUGACAGCUCCGCCCCUCCAACAGCUGUGGAUGUCUACACCAGCACCCCUCACCCCCUGGGCAUCUGCAGGGUGGUCCGGCAUGCAGCAGGAGACUGACUCCCACAGGCAUUCUGGGGCCUCCAGGACAAUGACGGUCCCAUCCCCCACCCCCUCCUCUGGCCUCCACCUCUGGUGUGGCCAUCUGGAGUUCCUCACCCACCAUAUGGACAGCCUGCCCCUCCCCCUGUCAUUGCCAGUCUGUCUCUUUAGCCCAGCAGAGGCCUAUCCAUGAGUCCCUGAGGAGCAGGGCGUCCCACCAAGAGGCCAGCAUGAGGCUGGAUUCUGCCCCAGCUGCCACUAUGUUCACUAGGUGCAGGCCAUGCGUGUCCCAGCCAGCCAGGCUGCAUUGCCAGCACACAGAGCUGCUGCCAGCAGACCCGGUGUCCAAUCUUCCUGUACUGCCAUGUUCCCCGUGCAGCCCCUGGCCCAGCCAUUCUGCCUAGAUGUGUCAUCAUCACCAGCAGUCUUUUCAUGGGACAGUGCAUGAAGGCCCAGCAGCUCUCCGCCCCCAGAAGAAGCACGGACUUUGUUGGCAGGUUCCUUCCUGCGUCGCAGCCUCCAGCACUGUGGUGGGCACAGUGGGCCUCCAUGUCAUGUGAAUGUCCUUGUCUGUGUUUAAAUACAGCGCAGCUGUUUUUAUAUGAUGUGCAAUAAAAACAA